UGAUGAUGAUGAAUGGGCUGAUAUAGAAGACGACCAAUCGAAACUUCACGUUUGCCGCUUGAUUGUUGGGAAGCUGAAUCACCUUUCCGCGUAUUCGACGAGCGACAUCUUGAACCCAUGAUUGCCCAUCGACGACAUUGACACCCGCCCUAAUCGCCAUGACCAUGCCUCGCCUGGCCACUGCGUUGAUAACGGGGUAGAGUAUAAUGGAUUACAUCUAUGGAGCGGCUGCGGAAAUCGUCUAUACCCUCCAGCACCGACUGGUCCGAGAAAAAGAACAACCGAAACUGACAGCUUCGGCUGCAGCUUCUUGUCCCAGUCUGGAUCAAGAUCCCUUAGCAAACCCCAGGUGCUGGCCCGGUUACCUCACGUUCGUCUCGUCUACUCCCUACGAUGACGAACCGAUACAGCGCACGACCAUGUUCGACUGGUGGGUCGAAGAUCAUGUCCUGCGUUCGGAAAUGCGACUCGCAGAGUCGAGACGAAAUUUCUACCAGAUUCCGCGAUUCGACCUGACCAAAUUCAACAAGUCACGUUACUGCGUGGCCUACCACUACCCGGUCGACACUUCUGCCGGACGAGAACAGACCGAGACGAUCUACCGGUGGGAGCUCGGACUAGCAUGGGAGAUCGUGAGACAGAUAGCGUUGACGAGGAACUUCUUGUUCCUCGUUGCACAAAGUGAACCGUCGUCGCAGGGAUGGAUCCGACCUGACGCAGACGCCCUCGUAGCGCUCGGGGAAUGGGCAUCAGUGGCCAGGGAAGAGUUCGAGCGGCUGGACAACUACCUCGACUACCUAGGCAGGCGCGAAGGCUCCCCAAGGUGGACCAUCACGGAAUGGUCACACGAAGAUCCUAUCCCCGACCGACUAUACAACAAGAAAUGGAAGGGGUGCGAAAAGACCAGGACCACUAUCCUCGCCAUGGACUUUCCCUACAAGUUCUUCCCUCAUUGCAAGCGCAUCAUCAGGGGAGAAAACGUCAUCCCUUCCUGCAAGGCUAAACUUCCCGUCGGGCUGAUCAGGGCUCUGAUGCACAAACAUCAGCCGUAUCAGCCUAUCGGUACCGAAUCGCCACCGAUACCUUGGUGGCGAAAGAGACUGGAUGAGGACCCUCGGAACUGUUGGUGGACGUAUCGCUCCAGGUCCGACUUUCGUCUAGACCUUCAGACGCCGUAUAAAAAGGAGAUCGAUCGGUGGCUGCUUCCACCGGCCUUGAGGGACGAGCCUGAUACCCCCUCACAUAUACAGUGUGAUACCGCCAAAGAGGUCGACAAUGCACUCGGCGAGACACCGUAGAAGAUUGUCACACUUCUGGGAAGUUCUUCAUCGCCAAAAUGAAUCGCCGGACGAGGACUGUCGGGUUCAGAAGAACGGGGUCUCAUAAGGGUUACGUUUCGCGCCGCCUGCUGUACGAGACGAUACUGUAAGAUACUAUACGUUCUGGUCGGACAUCGACCUCACCUGAACUGGCGGCAGACCCAGCUUUGAAACAACCAGAUGUUCUCGCUCGGGCUACUUUUUGUAUAUUCGCAACCUUCUAUCUUAGUAUCAGGGC